CGGGAGAGGAGCCGAGCCGAGCUAAGCUGGGCGAAGCCGAGCCGAGCCGAGCCACCAUGGCCCAGCCGCGCUGCCGCUCCGUGCUCAUCACCGGCUGCAGCCGGGGCAUCGGGCUGGGGCUGGUGCGGGGGCUCGCAGCCUCCACUGCCUCUCCGGAUUUCGUCUUUGCCACCUGCCGGUACCCUGAAAAGGCGCAGGAACUCCAGCAGCUGAGCAAGCAAUACAGCAAUAUCAAGCUCCUCCAACUGGAUGUGGUCUGUGAGAACAGCAUCAAGAAAGUGGUGAAGGAAGUAGAAGAAAUUGUGGGAGACAAAGGUCUGAACUGCCUGAUCAACAACGCUGGCAUCAACGUGCUUGCCUCCUUGGAGGAAGUGACAGCAGAGACCAUGCUCACCAUUUAUGAAACCAACACAGUUGCCCAGCUGAUGGUUACCAAGGCAUUUCUACCCCUCCUGAGGAAGGCAGCCCAGCUGGGCACAGGAAUGGGCUGCCACCGAGCUGCUAUUAUCAACAUGUCCUCUCUUGCUGCCUCCAUGCAGCUCGUCCAGGCCAAUGAGAUGUUCCUCAAGGUCUAUCCCUACAGGAUAGCAAAGACUGCACUGAACAUGAUCACCAGGUGCCUGGCUGCAGACCUGAAAUCGGAUGGCAUCCUCUGUAUUUCACUGCAUCCAGGCUGGCUUCAGACAGACAUGGGGGGACACAUGGCUCCCAUGCAGGUGCAGGAGGCUAUCCCAGGUAUUCUCUCUGUUCUGGACCGCCUUGGAGAGAAAGAAAAUGGUUCCUUCCUGGACUGGCAAGGGGAAACUCUGCCCUGGUAGAAGAGCACAGAAGCCACUGUGUAACUUGUGCCACUCACAUCUGUGUCUCUAGGGUUUCCUUACCAGCUGAAAUUGCCAGGCUGAGAGCCAGCCUCUCCCCAGCAAGGGGUGGCAGACUCUGUCACUUGGUAUUGCUACUGCUCUGCUCUAAUGCUUCCUGCAAGUACUACUGUGCUCUUAGUGAUGGGGGUCUCCUGGAACCCACCUAAGAUAGAUCUCCAACUGUGCAAGUUAAACCCAGGGGCUGGUUCCUCUCCACUUCCAAAACCAAAGCGAACCUCUUGCUCUUCGCAGAACUCAAUGAGCUGACCUCAGAGUAAGGCUCUCAGUAAGCUGUCAGGCUCCACUGUCUUCAGCCUGCUGGAGACAAGGCUCUGGACAGUGUCCUUCAGCCCUCACUGACCCGUGGCUGAAACUGCCCAUCUCUAACCCACACUGAUUUGGUACCUUUUGUCAGCUCCUCAGCAAACUCUGAGCAUCCCCAGGCUGACAGCACGCAGCAGGCACUCACUUUGUUCCCAGGGAGUGACUGACAUCCCAACACGAGGCUGGGGAUGUUGUUUUGUACAUAAACAAUAAAGUCUGGUUUAAACAAA